AUGCUGAGUAAGCUCGCAUCGACCAAGACGGGUCCUAAGAAAAUGAUCUGGCUGGCUAUGAGAAACUUUGGCCAUGGUCCUUAUAACCCAUUGCAUUAUAAGCAUGCUAUGAUUCCAGAGAAGCUUCCAACGACUGAGGACAUGUAUGCGAAUAUUAAGACCUUCCAUUCUGAACCACCUCCUCCAAUUUAUAAUAUGAGGCAUUUGCACCCAGUCAGGCAAUCUGGGCCAAUCCCUCCAUAUGAUGGUGCUUGGACUAUGGAAGAUGUCAAAAAGAUCUGUGCCAACAUGAGUGUGCCAUAUGAUCAUUGUGCUCAAUCCACUGAUGUCGAGGAGCUCAUGAGGAGAGCUCCAGGUCUCACUAGAAAAGAAGCUUUAAGAAUUCAGCAACUUGGUCUCAACCCAGACGAGGAGGUUGACUUUGCAUACCUCACUGUCAACAUGGGCCUCGAUGUCUUCUACGAGAGAAACCAAGCUUACAUCGCCAGACAAGUCGUAACUAAUUCUAAGGGAGAAAAGGUAGAAAUUUUGUGGCCGUGCGCUACAUAUGAUGAAAUGACUAACAUGUCCUUCGGUACAGCAGAGGUAUGGGAGUACCACGAGAACCCUUGGGAUCCAAUCCCAGGAGAGUUACCUAUCAGGAUCCAUCCAGACUAUGAUCUUGGUGUCCCAUACACUUGGUUCGAGUACGAAAUGGAUAACAGAUUCCAUGCUGCCAUCACCACUGAUCAACAAUACAUCCCAGAAGACGAGAGACCAUUUCCACUGGACAAAAACCCUCACUGCCACAAGUACAUCUGGAGGCCACAAGAAGAUAUGCAGAACGAUGACAGAAUGAGGGACCCUGACUGGUACCCUGAAGACACCCACCAGAACAUCUACAACAGAAGAGACUUCAAAAAAGCAGAGAACCACUUGAAAGAAUACGACUAA